AUGUGGAAGCCUACGGAGAGGCUGAUGGACACCAUCAGGCAUUACGCCAGCUUCCCCGCAACCGGUGUCUCGCUGAGGCAGAUGGUCCAAUUUGGUGACCGUCCCUCAACAGGCACGCUAUUCCGCGCUUCUCAAUUCCUGUCCGAGGAGCUACCCAUCCGCCUCGCUCAUCGCGUGCAGGAUCUGGGUGAGCUGCCGGAUGGACUGAGCGAAAUGCCAUCCAUCAAGAGGGUCCAAGACUGGUAUGCGCAGUCAUUCGAGGAAAUCAUUGCUCUUCCUCGCCCGACCCUGACUCAGGAAGUCAAGCAGCGCCUGUUGAGACCGGGCCGGAUGAACGGCGGCCCUUCCAAAAUCUUAUCCGAAACAACCCAAAACCCCAGCGUCCGUGAAGGGCAGUACCGCUCGUCGGUGACGGCGGGCAACGGCAAUGGCGUCAACAAGGCCCACGCGGCCUCAGGGCGACGCUAUUUCUUCCCCGCGGACGACCGCGGAGACUGGCCGCCUGAACUCAAUGACUACAACCAAAGAUUCGCCAAGACCCUGCAGCAGAUCAAGCGGCGGCACGACGGGGUCGUGACCACUGUCGCGCAGGGUAUCUUGGAAUGGAAGCGUGUGCGUCAGCGUAUGCAGAUCGACUCUACGAUUCAGUCAUUCCUCGAUCGGUUCUACAUGUCUCGAAUUGGUAUACGAAUGCUGAUCGGUCAACACAUUGCACUCACGGAACAAACGCACGUCAAACACCCCAACUAUGUCGGAAUAAUUUGCACCAAGACAAACGUCCGCGAUAUCGCGCUCGAGGCUAUUGAAAACGCUCGCUUUGUCUGCGAGGACUACUAUGGUCUUUUCGAAGCCCCGAAGGUGCAGCUGGUCUGCAAGGACGAUCUGAACUUCAUGUAUGUCCCGGGACACCUAUCGCACAUGCUCUUCGAGACCCUGAAGAACUCGUUGCGUGCCGUUGUCGAGCAGCAUGGCGCCGACAAGGAAGACUUCCCCGUGACCAAGGUUAUUGUCGCAGAGGGCAAGGAAGACAUCACCAUCAAGGUCUCCGACGAGGGUGGUGGUAUUCCCCGAUCAGCCAUUCCCCUCGUCUGGACGUACAUGUACACAACGGUGGAGCAAACCCCCAACCUGGACCCGGACUUCGACAAGAACGAUUUCAAGGCGCCGAUGGCCGGGUUCGGAUACGGGUUACCCAUUAGCCGACUGUACGCACGGUACUUUGGCGGAGAUCUGAAGUUGAUCAGUAUGGAGGGAUACGGAACAGACGUAUACCUUCACCUGAAUCGUCUCUCGUCCAGCUCGGAGCCCCUGCAAUGA